AAAACGUAAACAAAUAACAUUUGAUGACUAACCAUCACAGGAUUUUGAACUGAAUUAUUACAUUUGAAUUCGAAAAUAUCUUAGUGUCCAACUGGUACAAAGAACAUGGGGUGUAUAGUAGGCUCGCUUGCCUGCUGCUGUGGAAGUGCUGCUUGCAGUCUGUGCUGUGCUGCCUGUCCAUCAUGCAAGAAUUCAACUGCUACCCGGAUUGGUUACUCUCUUGUUCUAAUUGUUGGAAGCAUUAUCGCCUGUAUUUUCUUGGCUCCAGGUCUUCGAGGAGCACUAGAUAAGAUACCUGGGCUAUGUAAGGACUAUUUCACUUAUGACAUUUUCGCGGCGGAUCACGCCGACGACAAGGCGUCCAUGUGCGAUGAUAUCGUUGGCUACCUGUCUGUAUACAGAAUCUGCUUUGCUAUGGCUGCAUUCUUCUUACUCUUUGCCAUCAUCAUGAUCAAUGUGAAAUCCUCCAAGGAUCCAAGGGCUGGUAUACAGAAUGGUUUCUGGGCCAUAAAGAUUCUUGUUCUUGUUGCUAUUUGUGUUGGAGCAUUCUUCAUCCCAAGAGGAGAGUUUGGACAAGUGUGGAUGGUCAUCGGUAUGAUUGGAGCUUUCCUGUUUAUACUCAUCCAACUGAUUCUCAUCAUUGACUUUGCGCAUGGAUGGGCGGAGAGCUGGGUGGAAAAAUAUGAGGAAACUGAAUCCAAAUGCUAUUACUUCGGACUGCUGUUUUUUACCAUCAUCUUCUACAUUCUCGCUCUUGUGGCCAUCAUACUGUUCUAUGUGUAUUAUGCCAAGGGAGACUGCAGCCUACACAAGUUCUUUGUGAGUUUUAACUUGAUCCUGUGUGCAGCUGUGUCUGUCCUUGCCAUCUUACCAAUGGUCCAGGAAGUGAACCCCAGAUCUGGCUUGUUGCAGUCAGCGGUCAUCACACUCUAUGUCCAGUAUCUGACCUGGUCAGCCAUGUCAAACAACCCAGAUCGCUCAUGUAACCCAAGUCUGCCUGAGAUAUUUAGUGGAAACAUUACAUCCUCACCGUCUUCAUCUGCUUCAAGUGGCUCCAUGGUGUUUGGACAAUUUGACUACCAGAGUUUGUUGGCUCUCCUUCUCUGGCUCUUUGCUGUCCUUUACUCCAGCAUCAGAACCUCCACUAAUAGCCAAGUGGGCAAGUUGACCAUGUCUGAAAAAACAAUCCUGCAGUCUGACACAGGGGAAAGUCUUCUAUCUUCAUCAGAAUCUGACAAGGAUGAAGAGAAAGGUGGUCAAAACGUCUGGGACAAUGAAGAAGAUAGUGUAGCUUACAGUUAUAGUUUCUUCCACUUCAUGUUGUGUCUGGGUGCCCUGUAUGUCAUGAUGACUCUCACCAACUGGUACAGCCCGAGUUCUGACUUUAACACUCUGAACUUCAACAUGCCUGCGCUGUGGGUAAAGAUCUCCUCGACCUGGGUUUGCUUAACCCUUUAUGUCUGGACGCUGGUAGCACCUCUGAUCCUCCGCAACCGAGAAUUCAGCUAAAGAACACAACUCAUAAGGGAGGAUUUAAGAAGGCAGGCCCUUUUAAGGAGUCAUUAAGUUUAUGUAACUGUCAGUGAUAAAAUUCUCCAUGAGGCAAGGUUGGAAAACAUGAACGACUUUUUGAGCAGUUCUCUCAAGAGUUGUGAUGAUGUUCAGACUGAUGUGAUAUUCCAGAUAUGUGUUGGCAGAAGAACACUUACUAUUCUAUUUCAUUUGUCCUGUUUUUUAUCUUGUUUGAUUUAGCUUUACUUCUAGUUCAGUGUGCGGCCAAGAUAGUCAAGGCCAAAGAAAAAGGAAAAAAAUUACUUCCCUGAAUUUCUGAAUUGUAGAAUAUUUAGCAAAAUAUGUCUUGAUGUCUGAAUGUAAACACAAAACCAAACUUGGAUUGUGUUGAUAUUUCAUGGAAAUUGUCACACAGUGGUUACAUCGUCCUACAUACUAGUCUAUACCAGGUAGGUGUUGUGUAUAAAUAUUAAAAACAGAAAUUUGUUUUUUUUAAUGUUUUCUUCUCAUUAGACCAAUGAAUUAUUCAUCAAUAUUGAUCUAUUUUACAUAUAUUAGAUUGAAAAUGGAGUUAGGUAGCCUUGUCUUCAUGCAUGAUAUGUUCCUUUUGAAAAGAACAUAUAUUAUGAAUAAACAUUAUCCCUCAGUAAUUCUGAAAUUACUUGGGACUGUGUCAAAAGUAUUAGAGAAUAACUUCUUUCUGUAAAACUUGCUUUUUUUGUUAUGAUGUGUUUUUGUAUUAUCGCUAUUUUUAUUGAUGCUAUUUGUAUUUAUUACACUGAAACUUCAUGAAACUCAACCUAUCUGUCUAGUGUAACACAGAUUAAACAAUAUAGAAAAGAAUACACAAGGCAAACUCUGAAAGAAUUUAGAGACAAGGUGGUCAUAUUUUAUAAAAGAAUGGUUUACUGUGAACUGAUAUAUCUGUGUACUUCAGAAUUUACAUGUUUGUUUGAUAACAGAUAGAACAAAGAAUUUACUGUGGCAUUAUACUCUUUAACUUUGUAAACUGUAAGUUUUGCCUCCUUCAUUGUUAUACUUGAAGAGAUAUGUUGAAAGUUACUUGGGGGAAAGUUCGUUCAUCUCAAAGAAUUUUGAUUUAAGUAGGCUUCUUCAGUUUGUUUCCUGAUUAGAAAGCUUGGUAAUCAGAUGAUGCUGUGGAUACAGUAUUUAUCUAUCACCAUGACAACUGAGGUUUGAUUCCCUCAAUUAAACAUGAAAUUAUUGGGUUUUGUGAUUGACCAGUAGGGCGUUCUCUUUGUACUCUGAUAUUCACAGAGAUUCCAUGUAAUGUGAUAGAUCCACUGAGGCAAACAAAAAUGAUAAAUAUAAGACAUUUUAAUUCACAUUUGUUAUUGAUGUUUUAUAAAUGAAUUAAAAUGAAAAAAUUGAUUCAAUCUGGAAUAUUGGAAAAGAUAGGAGUUUAUUUGUAAUUUCCUGUCUUCAGAGUCGUCAUUAACAAGUUGAUACAGUAAGUAAUAUUACUAACAUGAUGGUAUUGAUAAGUGUAGGUUUUCCCACCUGUGUCAAUUGUAAAUCAUCUCGCAUUAUAAUCAUCAGUCACUUUCGUAUUUCUUUUAGAAUAAUAUAUUGUUGUCUCUUACUUCUAUUUCUAAGGCAGUGUAGGUACAUUGCACAUUACACAUCAAAUAAAUAAAUGAUGUCAGACUUACUGCUUCAAUGUUAUCAUUCUAUAUUGAUAUUUAUCCUUUCUGCCUUUUGCCUUUUGUCAGUAGUUUCUACUUGGCCCAUAUACUAAUACAUUGAUCGAAAAAAUUAGAAUCAAAAGUCCUUAGUAUUUUGACAGUGUUAUAGAUGUACUGGUAAUUCUAUUAUUGCCUUAUAUAUCCUCAUGAAAAAGACUCAUCUUAAUUAAAAAUUCAGAUAAAUACACCAAUAAUUUACGAAUGUAUUUAUUUUCUUAAAAUUAAAUCUUUCAAUGAAUAAAUACCUGAUUAAGAAUAUUCCAAAUUAUCCUCAAAUAUACGUACCCCAUAAAUCAUUUAUCGGUCUACAUAUGGCCUGGCUGUUCUAAAUUUACAAAAAAUGAGUCGAUAUGUCAUAUAUCAACCAGCAGGUAAAUAUCACUAAAAUCAAAACAAGGGAAAAUUGACAAAUUUAAUAUUUAUGGAAUUAUUUUAAGAUUUCAGACAAUUCUCUCUUGAAUCCUGAUCUGUAAAUUUGACAGAUUGUUUUUCAAUUACUCUAUUACUGAUGUAUAUAUAAUUAGAUCAAACAUUGAAAAUAUAGUGACAGUUGAGCUUAAACGUGAUUAUCUCAAAAACUAAUUUGAUGGUAAAAGUCUCAUACCAGAGAUAAAAUAUCUAUAAGUGUGGGAAACAAGAUUUUGAACAUCCAACUUCUUGCUAUUUUGUUAUAAUGCUAUGUGUUGUUGUGUACAUGCCAGAACAUAGUGUUGUGUGUAUAUAUGUAUGUAUAUAUAAUCGUAAUAGUUAUUGUCAGGGUAGAAAUUUUACAUUUCGUAAUUUUCUUCGCGAGCUGUUAAGUCACAUUUGAUAAUUUUGUCUGAAAAUAAAAUAGAGGUAUUUGUAUGCAGGAAAAUAUUUUGGUGGCAUUGGUGAGAUGAAUUCGUUCAAAAGGAGACGAAGAAGAAGAAAAGCUCUAUGUAUGAUAGGAAUUGUUCAAAAUGGCAUUCUGGGUGAAGUGUAUAAUAAUUUCUAUAAUAUGUUUCCAAAUGUGCUGUGAACUGAUUUCUGUACAGAAAUGGACAGCGUGGUCAAUAAUUCAGAAUGUUUUAGACAAUGUUGUAGACUGUAUUUAGCAGGGAAUGCUCUGAUUUGUGUAAUAAAGUUUAUUAUUCUAGUUGACAGCCUGUAACUGCUAACAUCAAAACAUCCUUGUGACUGUGUUUAGGUAGAAAAAAUCUGGAAGUGUACUGCCUAGUUUACUUCAGGGGGAGUAUGAAAGCAAUAUUUUCCCUUUCUUUUUCUGAUGUUUUUGAAAAUAUUGGAACUUUGAAUUUGAAAAACAUUAAUCUAAUGUUAAUAUUUGAGUUUCAUGAAAAUGUCAAAAUUUGAUAAAUUACCGAAAUGAUUAUUAAUUUUAGAUAAAAAAGAUGUCGGUCUUGAUGAAGAAGUGUAAAUACACUACCUGUAUAUUGUUCUUCUCAGAUUCUGUCAUAAAAUCAUGAUGAUAAA